AUGACUUUAUCAAACUUCAGCAGGCCGCGGCGAGCCUCCGAAGGACAGGCAGCACACAAGGCUUUUGAUACCCUCAGCGUCGUUUCGGAACGAGAAGACGAAGAUGUGCCGUUGCCAACAGAACCAUUGCCAUCAGAACCUUCGUAUUUCGACCCUCUCCCAACCGAGCCGAGCUUUGAUGAGGUCGAUGUCGAUGAGCGAGGGUACGACUCCCGAAUGCGACCCCAGCGGCUGGGUCUCAAGGAUCAGAGAUACACGAGUAAUAGAGGCACCGGCACGCGCGAUAUAGCCCGAUCCGCGAGUCACAUACCACAAUCCCUGGAGCGGGUCGGCUAUUCCAAUCCGACGUUGCCUAUACCGCCGGAUUCACCGCAGCCAGAAAAAGAUAGUAGUCUAUUCUUUACGCUGUCACCACGGCGCUCCAACGUAUCAAGCAGAGAAGGCAACAUGACAACGGCGAGAAGAUCAGGAUCUUCUUCAAGAAAUGGCAGCACAUCAACGACAGGACCAUCCACGACUUCAAGAAGUAGUAACUCAUCAACCAGGCCUCCGCCUUCGGAUAGAAGUAGCAGUACCAGUACAACCGGAAGCACGAAGUUGCCGUUCAUACCUAAAAGUAUCCUCAAAGUAACAACGGUCGAGCAAACGAUUGAGCGAUCAAGCUCAAGAAGUGUAUCAGCUGCCGGUAGCAACAAGAGCUCGGAUAGCGGCGCAGCUUCGGUAACAUACGACUCGGAUGGAAAUUUCGUGGCAUCAGAAUACGAUACGAGUGAGCUGAGCGAAAUGGAGUUGAAAAAGUUAAAGAAGAAGGGAAUCAACCCUGCAUUGGCCAUGGAGAUGAAGGCGCUUAGAAAAGGCAAGACCUUUGGAUCAUUGAUGGGGAAUUCCUACGUUUCGUGA